AUGAGAGGUGUGGCUUGGAACUGUAGAGGGUUAGGGCAGACCUCUACAGUUCUGGAAUUAAAAGCCCUGAUUCGGUCGUGCGAUCCUGAUUUCAUCUUCAUUUCCGAAUUAAAAGUGGAAGCUACAAGUUUGAUCUCUGGUCUUGUUUAUUCGGACCCUCCUACGAAUCCUUGGUUACUGUCUUGUGUCUACGGGCCCCCUUAUUACCAUGAAAAGAGGCUCUUUUGGUCUAACUUGAUGGAGCUUGGUCGUAAGUUCGGAGGACCUUGGCUAAUUCUUGGGGAUGUGAAUUUUGUGCUGAGUGACUCGGAGAGAGUAGGAUCCCGGGGAAAGGACCAGUUUACCCCCUUUAUCUCAAACCUCAUCAAUGAUCACGCUCUGGUUGACUUACCAAUUAAAGGGGAUUGCAUGACCUGGGACAACCAUAGAGAUGGCAACAGGCACAUCAAGUCAGCCCUGGAUAAAGCUCUUGGCAAUGAUGAUUGGCUAAGACUCUUUCCUAGGGUGGUAGUUCAAUCUCUUGCCACCUGCAAUUCUGAUCAUAGGCCUCUCUUCAUUAAGUCUGCUUUCCAGGAAUCCAGGAGCAGACGUCCUUUUCGUUUCGAGGCCUGGUGGACCAGGGAACCCCGUAGCUCUUUAAUUGUGGAACAUGCGUGGGGAUCUGUUUCUCAUGAUUGGGCCCCGGCCAGAGUUUAUAAGAGAGUGGGGGCAUCGCGCCUUGCUUUGCUCAAUUGGAACCGGGAGCAAUACGGCAAGUUGGAUACGUGCAUUUCCAAGCUUCAAGACCAGUUACAAGUUAUCCAAAGUAUGCCUGCGGGUACUAGAUCAUGGGCUCAGGAGGUGGAGAUAAGGAAUAAUCUUAAUGAGGCUCUAAGACGGAAGUCAAUUUACUGGCAGCAAAGAUCCCGUGUUUCGUGGAUCAAGGAUGGGGAUAAAUGUUCCAAGUUCUUUUUCCUCUCGGCUACAAUUCGAAAUAGAAGGAACUCAGUGGAGAGCAUCCUGAGUACGGAUGGGAUUCGGUUAACUGAUUGA